UCCACGGCCAGUAUCAUUGGUGCAAGACACCAGUUUACUGCGUUUUCGUACGCAUCGAUUGGAGGUUCAGUCACAUAGCAUGCCAUUCUUUGCGUCUUAUGCCUCCCAGGUAAGUGGCGCUAUACUGCAGACCUCCAAGUGAUCAAGUACGGAUGCAAUCCCGAGACCAUGGGUCGCGCUGUGUACUUCACGCAGAGUAUGCCCAUAUAUGUUACGUGAAUCGACCCUCGAAAGCAAAUUCCGCGACGAGCCAUGGCGUACGACGAGACGACUUUGCUGGCUAUUGGCAUAAUACUGCCUCUCAUCGCACUUGGUCUUCGAUUCCAUGUCCGCCUCAAAGUCCGUCCUCAGCCUCUCGGCUGGGACGACUGGCUGGCUCUUAUUGCAGGAGCUCUCUUGCUUGAAGUGCAAAUUCAUCAUUUCAUUGGGAUAUAUCUGGGCUUGAAUGGACACCAGGGCGCAGAGGCCGACCCAACGCAUUGGGG